AUGCUUUUAUUUCUACAGGCAAGAACAAUACUUGAACCUUAUUUUUGUUCCUUGGAAAAAAUUGAUCACGAAGAUAUCACUAAAGGCAGAAGCAACACCAUGAGGGCUUGCUUGCCCCCAGAAUUAAUCAAGAACCAAAGUUGCCUGGUUUCCACAGAGACACUUUUAAUUAAGGAUUUGUGCCUUAGAAGCAUCUACGGGGACCUGAAGACCUACAAGACCAAGUUUAAUGUGAUCCAGGAUGCUCUCAGAAAGCACCCUACCAAGGAGAUCUCUGUGGAUCACAAUAUGUUGGAUGCCAUUGAUGAGAUGAUGCAGGCCCUGAAUUUCAACAGUGAAAAUGUGCCACUGAUCUCUUCACCAGAACAAUCUGACUUCUACAAGAUCAAAGUCAAGCUCUGUGUCCUCCUUCAUGCCUUCAGAACCCGGACCGUGACCAUCGAUAGAAUGAUGAACUACCUGACUCCCUCUUAA